GGCGGGAGUGGCGCUAAAAUAAGGCGCACCCCCACGCCGCCCCCUGCCACUCCGCUCCUCCCAUCGAUGCUCUCCUCUGCCACCGCAUCCGCAUCCGCUUGCGCGCUCGUGCCCCUCUCCAUCCCCCAAGCUCCCCCCUCCCAUCCGCGCGCCUCCACCUUCGGACCGGCCGCCGCGGCAGAUCGCCAUCAAGAGAGCAACUGAGCCGCUCUGCUCGCGUCCCAGAUCCGGCACAGCAUUACCAAGAGCGCGAGGAGAGCGAGCAUGGAGGAGAAAGCGCCGGAGACGGUGGCGGCCCCGGCGGCGGUACUUGCGGUGGAUCAAGAAGUGGCGUACUGCAGCGAGCACCCCUACCCGCCGGGCGCCGCGGCGGCCGCGGGGGUGGCUGCCGGCAGUGGCAUCUGCGCCUUCUGCCUGCAGGAGAAGCUUGGCAUGCUGGUCUCCUCCUCCAAGUCCAGCCCCUUUCACCCGCCGCCUUCCUCCCUCACCCCGACCACCCCUCCGCCCAACAGGCUCGCCACUGAGAAUCUUUAUUCUUCCACCGCCUCUGCCAUGGCGAUCCCUCCGCACAAGGGCAAGACCUCGUCCUCGGCGCCCGCCCCGGUGGCCAGCGGGCUCAGGAGGAGCAAGUCCGUGGCGCCGCGGCCGGAGGAGCCGCCGCUGUCGUCGGGGAUCACCGCUGACAGCCCCCGCAAGAAGAGCUUCUGGUCUUUCCUCUACCCCUCCUCCUCGUCCAGCGGCCACCGGAGCGGGUCGUCGUCUCUGGCCAGUGGGGAAGGCGCCGCGUCGGCGAGGAGGAAGUCGGUGUCGGUGGCUUCGGCGACGUCAGCGUCGCUGGGGCGGAGGCUGGAGGCGAUCGAGGAGCCCGAGAGCCCCGGCCGCCGCAGCGAGGGAUCGUCGUCCUCGUCGUUCGGGAGAAAGGUGGCGCGCUCGCGCUCCGUGGGCUGCGGCAGCCGCAGCUUCUCGGGGGACUUCUUGGAGCGCCUCUCCACCGGCUUCGGCGACUGCGCGCUCCGGCGCGUUGAGUCCCACCGCGAGCCCAAGCCCAAGGGAAGCGCGCUCGGCCACCUUGGCCGCGCCCGCGACGCCGGCGACGGCGACGAGGACUACGAGUACACGCAGCAGCACAGGAUCAAGUGCGCCGGGUUCUUCGGCGGCAUCGGCGCCGCGCCCCCGGCCUCGUCCUCCUACUGGCUCUCCGCGCCCAACGCCGGGAGCGGCGCCGGCGCCAGCGGCAACGCGAGGGUUUCUGGCACACGGAGCCACCGGGGCUGGGCGUGGGCGCUGGCGAGCCCCAUGAGGGCGCUGAGGCCGACGAGCUCCACGUCCAGCAAGACCAUCAUGUCGGCAUCCGCGACGGUGGCGACGAGUUAGCCUCGUCGUUGGAUUGCAGCUGCGCGCUCCGCGAUCAAUGGCCGGUUAUCAAAUCAUCGCUCUUCUUCUCGAACUAUACUACGUACUACUGCUGCUUCUACUAGUAUGAAAAUUACUCCUGUUCUUGGUUCUGGUAUAUGCCCAUUCGAGUCCUGAGAAGCUGCUCCUAAGGUGAAGGAUGGAAUGGGCCGCAGAUUAAGCUCUAGCUUGCCUUUCAUUUUGUAAUUCUGUUCCAAUUCGAGAUUUUCUCCUGUGGUGCCCGUGGUGGAAAUAGAGAUGUUUUAUGUUGAGUUCAUUCGUGUGUUGGAGACGGGACAUGAGCAUUGAAUUGAAAAGGAGAAAUUUGGCAAUUUGUCCAUCA